GUCAGUAUCACAACAAAACACGUCAGUAUGUGUUUUUCCUGCGUGAUUCUGUCUGGACUGGGUUAUUCAGGUACGUUCUAGAUACGCCGUUGCCAGGUUUUAUGAGCUUUGCGAAGACGUAGGAACCUUCGAUCUGAUGUCCACUCUAUCAACCGACCGAGUAUAAAGCAAUACAUCACAUCCUUAUCAACUCGAAUCGUUUCAUCCUCCGCAACACACACAGCAAGCAACAAUAAUCAAAUGAGCAAACUUCUUUUGUAUAGCUGCAGAUCAACUCUUCCUCGAACACUUUCACGAAACCUGAAGCACCUUGUUCUCAAGCCUACUAUCAACCAAACACGCAAAAUGGCUUUCUUCCCGCGAAGUCUCGCCGACCCCGACACCUCUUUCACUCCCCUCUUCCGUCUUCUGGACGACUUUGAUAACUACUCUCGCCAGGGAGUAAGCGGCCGUCGCACUGAUAUGCCCAGCUGGCAGCCCAAAUUUGACGUCUGCGAGACCGGGGAAGCAUAUGAGCUUCAUGGAGAGCUCCCUGGCAUCAACAAGGAGGAUGUCCACAUCGAGUUCACCGAGCCCCAGUCUAUGCUCAUCCGUGGCAGGACUGAGCGCACCUACACUGCCGGUACUCCUCCUGCAGGCCUCAUCGAGGGCACUACCAGGGGCGGUGCCAUUACCGAGGGUGACAAGGAGAGCAAGAAGGCCAGUGAGGCCGGCACUGAGGCUGCUGAGAAGGAAAUGUCCAAGACCAAGAAGUCUGACAAGGCUAAGUACUGGCUCUCCGAGCGCAGCGUCGGCGAGUUUUCUCGCAGCUUCAACUUCCCUACUCAGGUCGAUCAGGAAUCGGUGACCGCAAACUUCAAGGACGGCAUCCUCAAAAUUCUGGUCCCGAAGGCUAAGAAGCACGAGUCAAAGCGCAUCGCUAUCAGUUAAGCAAUCAACGGCAGCUUCCAAGCCAUGACAGCUUUGCGCUAUUUUCUAAUCUUCUCAAGAUCAAGAAUGUUAACGACUGAGGUUUCUAUUAUAGACCGGUCUUUACUGAGAUUGUCAAUACAUUGAAUAUCGACGAUUUACCUUGCUUUGCUAAUAUGAUGCUUGCGCUCUUUUAUAUUACAAUAGCAAGAUAGUAAUCCACGAAAUCAACGAAAUGUGCAACGACGAUUCGGUCGGAUCUGCAGUCCGAAGAAUUUGGCAUCUACAUCCAG